AACAUUUUGCAAAUGAUAAAUUGGUGUUUUUGGUCAAUACGAGCAGUUCUUUCAUAAUCUUAUUAAGUGUGAGGGUAACUGGCCGUUAGUUGAAGCUGUGUGAAAUGGAGCAAAUAGCGUACUUCAGAGGCCAACAUGUAGUUGCUUUUGUUUCUGACUUCAAGCCGAUUGACUUGGACACUAGCUACUUGGUCUCGUUCGACACCCGCAGUUUAGGCGAGGAAGAAUCGAGAGCAUAUUUUUUCAUUGAAUGCUUCGACGAAAACCGAUACUCAAUAUCAGGUGCUCGAAGUAACAGGGUUCCAAACUACCCUCCAGUUACUGUGCUCGGAAUCUCCGACGACAGAAAGAAGAUCUCAAUCCAGGAAGACAGAUCCGAAUGGGAUCCCAAUGCUAAUAACCGACUUGCAUUCUACUUCGAUGGCGCUGUGUGGAAACUUCCUGGCAGAGAUGUUGACAAAAACUCUAUUGUUCGGAAGACGGCGACUGAAAUCGAGCUCGAGAAACCAGUCGACAAAAUUAUCCAAUUUCAAUUUGGAACCACAAAAGCGUGUCUUCACCGUCAUGUGUCCAAACAUGUGCACGCAGCUUUGUGUAACAAAGAUAUACCCUUUUCUUGGACUCAUUUCGAAGAUGCAGUAUCUGGACACUCUUUGUUCGAGCAUACAAAUAACCGGUUCAAAUUUGGAACCAAGGAAGUGAAGAUUGGCUUUCUGGCUAAUUGGGGGCAGCAGAAUAAAAAAGUCGAAUUUGUUGUGAAGAACUUGACGUUUGGAAAAAUGUCCCAGUUUGGGGAUUAUAAAAUUUAA